AAACAAUCUAAAAUUACUGAUAAGACAUCUUCUCUUUAAGAGUAAAGAGCAAUGGCUUCUACCGCCGUGUUCAUAACCUGAUUAGAAAUUACAAUACCGGUACCUACUAAAAGUCACCAAAUCAAAUUUUUUGGUGAUUUAGACUAAUGCAAUUCAAUCUUGUAUACGUAAAUUCAUAAUUUUCUAAAAAACUUGAAAAGUGUCUUGCCAGUUUAAUAUGGCAAGUUAUACUAAGGGAACGCUCAGUAGAGAAAUGCUUCAAUCAUCAUCAGACCUGAGUAACAUUGUAUCUCAUAGAAAAGGAAAUUCGUUCCGUGAAUUUGUUCAUAGACAGGUUGAUGAGGCGAGAAUAUCAAUUGUGGCCACAAAUUUUGGGAGCAUUCAACGCGACUCGUCACUCGUCACUCAGCCGACCAUCGCCUCAGACAAGGAGGACUCUCUUCACGUCACUCCUAGUGGUGAAAUCAUUCAACAGGAUAGAGAAAAAGGCAGUUUUAGACCUAGUCUGUAUGAUGAAGAUAGAUUCAUUGGAGACGAAGAGGAAUUAACAGAAGAUGGCACAGAAAGUUCCACAGAGACCAGAGAAUAUGUUGAAGGAAGAGUAGAAGACGGAGGAGAAACUUUAGAAGGAGAUGGAGAAGGAAGAACUGGGGAUGGUGGAGAAAAGGAAGAGAAUGUGAAAGAUGAACCGAAAGCUGAAGAAGGAGAAGAAGGAAAAGAAGAUGGUUCAGGGGAAAAACCAGGGAAUGAAGAAGAGGGAGCUAGUGGUGAAGAAAGAGAAACUGACAAUUCAGGAGAAAAUGUUGAAGACGGAGGUGCAAUACCGGAAGAUGGAAGAAGGGAGAAUGUGGAGGAAGGAGAUAGGGCUUUUGAUGUGGAAGAAAAAGCAGGUGAUGAACAAGAGAAAAUUGGUGAUGGAGAAGACGUAGUAGAUAACGAACAAGGACAAUUGGUAGAUGAAGGAGAAAAAUCGGAAGAAGGGCAAGAUAAAGGAGAAAUAUCAGAAGAAGAGCAAGAUAAAGGAGAAAUAUCGGAUGAAGGACAAGAUAAAGGAGAACAACCGGAAAAAGGGCAAGAUAAAGAAGAAGGCGACGAGACGAAGGAAGAAGAAUCAGGAGUAACACAAUCAGAAGAAGGUGCCCAACAAAAAGAAUCAGGAGAUGUUGAACAAGAGAGUCGAGAAAAAGAUGAGGAGAAGGAACAGAUGGAGAAUGAAGAAGAAAAAAAAUUGAGGAUUGGUGGAGAAGAUGAAAAAGCGGGAGAGGAAGAAGACAAGGACGAAGAGAAGGAAGAUGAAUUGGUGCAAGAGAUAAUGACAAGAGCUAUACAAAGUGCGAGAACAGAUGACGUUGUGUCUUUCGGAUUGGGAUCGGCAGACAUUGGAUUGAAAGGAGAGUCAGUAUCAUCUUCAUUUGAACAUGAAAAACUCACUGAACGACUGAAACAAAUCAACUUCGAACUUUCCUAUGUUAACCGAAAGAACAGAUUUCUAACAAAAGCUGUUGUCGAUAUUCGAGGAAAAAAGGCUGAUAUCGAUACGGGAGAUUCCAAAUUAACUGAGGGAUAUUUGAAAAAACUUGUUCAUUUUGAAAAAAUCAAGUUUUCUAUACAAAACGAAAUGAAAAAGAUAGCUGACCAGGUCGAGUCUCUAAGAGAAAGCUCUAAAAGUGCAGGAGAGAUGUAUGACGCAGCACAAGAAGAUUUUCUCCAGAAAGUGGCUGAUGCUUACAAGAGACUUGAUUCAAAUUUUGGCAGCUCAGCUUCAGAAAAGACCAUCAUCCAGCCAACACCCAGAAUCCAAACAGCUUUAGCAAAUGUGAGCAAGAUGAGAUUGAAAAUGAUAAAACUGCAAAAUCACCUGGCAGAAAAGGAGGCUCAACUCAAAAGUCUGGAUGAUCGGGGAGGUGGUCUUCAUUUGAUCGAUUAUGAAAAACUCAAAAUGCACAAUCAGCAUCUAAUUGAAACAAUUGCUGAGAGAGAUUUGGAGUUGUUGCGGCUGAGGAAAAAAAUUGAAACAGACACACAAAAACUGGCCCAUGUACGUGAGAGAGCGAAAAUUGUCGGUGAAGAGAACAGAGAUUAUCAUGCCACACUUGAAGAGCUUGAUACCCAAAUAAAAUUGGCCAGAGAGGAUGUGAAUAACAAAAAGCAGAAAAGACAAAGAAUCACAGUAGAAACUCGGAAAAUGAGACAAGAUGCGGGACUGCUUACUAAACCGAAGCUGGUCACUAGUUUCAGACAGACCGAGUUGGAUCUGGAAGCAGCCAAAAAUCAGUUCAACGAUAUUAUGCAAAUUUAUCAUCAACAGAAAAAGAAGAUUGUUGAUUUGAAGGAGCGCCUACAUUCAUCCACUGAACUCUCAAAAAUUAAUUAAAUUUUGAGGAAUGCAUUGUUGAAAAUGAAUGGAAAUAUACGAAUGAAUUUUCCAAAAUUCCCAUUUAUUGAAAAAAUUAUGAUAAAUUAUUGUAUAAUACUAUCUUGUAUUAUGAAUUUUUUAUUUCUUCUUUCUCAUGUUUGUAGAAGUUGAAUUCUGUGUAAUGCGUUUUAAAAUAAAUUCGAAAUGGUACAGUAGGCUAUAUUAUGACUGAAUUAAUUUUCAAGUUUGUGUACAGCAAUAGGCUACUUACCACUAUAUUCACCUAAGCCACUGUUUGGUGCAAAUCUCUAUUGAAAUAGGUAAAAUGAGACUCAAUUAGGCUAGGAACACGGUAUUUCAAAAAAAAAUAAUUCAAUAUUUCAAUUAUAUGUAUAUGUAUUUCAGUGAUAGUAUUUCAAUUAUAAAUAUUUAUUGUUGUUGAUUUUUUAUUAAUGAUUGACUUGUCAAGGAAAAAAAUUAUUUCGUGUCUUAUAAUUUAAUUCAAAAAAGUUUGUUUGUAUAUCAAAGUAUAAAAACUUUAAGCUUAUGAACUAGAUUUCUUCAAUAUUGUUGAAGGCCUAAUCAUUCGAAAUUAAUACCUAUAUUAUUAUCAUAUUAUCAAUUUACUUAUUUAUAGUAAUUAUUGAUAGUUUUAGAUAAUAAUGAUUGGAAAAAUAAUAGCCUAAUAUAGUUAAGUUAUAAUAGACUCUUGAAUAGAUUCUCAUCAGGAAUUUCAAAGUGAACAAAUAGUUGAUAGAAAUAAUAGCAUAAAUGAAACUCAUCAAUAUUAUUUAUUGAAUAUUUUAUUCAGAGCAGUAGGCCUACCGGUACUAAACGAAGUGUAUAUUUUUCCAAAACUAGCUCCAAUAAUUACAUAAAAGUAGUGUUUGGCCGUUUACCAUAUUAUUAAGAAAAUAUUUUUUUUUUAAAACCAUUGAGAAAAAUGAACCUUGGAGUAGGGACUAACUUUUCUGUUUCUAAACUAGUUUUGUUUCAUUUCGAAAUAAUUUUUGUGAUCUAUAAAAAUAAUAUCUAGUUUAAGCGGUUAAGAGCCGGUUACACAGAAGUCUGUUAAAUAUUAAAUCAUUAAAUGCUACGAGAACUAAUCAGAAUAGGCUUUUUCAGAGAAGAGGAUUCUUAAUUCUUAUGGCAUUUAUGCAACCGAGACUGAGAAUAGUUAAUUAUCAUAUAAGAUUCGAAUCUUAUUAAUAAGUUAAUCAUUGAUUAUUAUCUUUUGAAUUUCAAUAGAAUACGAAUGUAUGUUCAUAAAAUAACAUAAAAAUACCUAUAUUGUUCAUAAAUUUUUGUGAGAUGCAAUCGUUUUCAAAUUAAACUAAUCAGCCAAAUCAAACAAAUUUGGAGCCAAAACUUGACUUGGGCUAGAGCG